AUGAAUCUGUAUGGUGAUGCUGACACGGAUGAGGAUCUAAUGCAGCUCUUGCCAGACGACAUCGAGAUAGACACAGAUUUGAUGGACCAUGUGUCUGACCGCAACGGCUCGCACGAGGAUCCGAAGCAUUUCGUGCUUGGCGGUGUCGAGAUUGGCAAUGAUAUCAUGCAUUCUAUGCUCGAUGGCGUCGGAACAUACAUGGAUCCCAUACGGGUCGAUGCCGAGUCCGAUGGUGCCGAAGUGGUGAAUGAUUUUAUGCAGUCUAUCCUCAGUGGCUUUGGUGCAAACACGGAUCACAUACAUGCCGAGUCUGUGUCCGAUGCUCCCAACGCGGACAUGGAUCUGAUGCAGUACACGCUUGGCGGCGGCGGCACAGACGACAAUCCCAUACCUGUCGAGUCCAUGUCCGAUGAAGCAAGCACGUCCAAGGAUAUGAUGCAGUUCGGGUUCGGUGGCAUGGGCACAUACAAUAAUUUCAUACAGACCGAGCCUGAGGUCGGCGAUGGCGUUGACACGGAUAAGAUAGAUAAGUUUCUCUUCGAUGGCGAAGACACGGGCAAUGUAGAGAUGCAGAUUCUCACUGAUGGGGCCAACAAGGAACAAGAAGGGAUGCAAGGUGUGAGUGGCGGCACCAACCCGGACGAGGACAACUCUGAAAACUCCUGGUACAUCAAAUACCUCGCGGAAGAGGAUAACUCAUGGACGCAGUCCCCCUUGAACGACUUGUUGUACACUAGCGACGACAUGGGGAUGAUCCAGUUCAACUUGGACGAUAUUUGGCUCUAGAGUGUGGCUGGCAUGCAGGGCA